AACAGCGUUCUCUGGCCUCCAGCACCGGCUUCCAAGGACAGGCAGCCGGAGAACGGAGGGACUGGAGACAUGCACCUGCUUAGCACACUGGGCCUUACCUCUGUCACUACAUCUUAAUGCUGCUCACUCCGGAUUCACAAGGAGAUAUUUCACAUCACAUUUCACUGCUCUGACAGAGAAAAAGGAGAGAGAUAUGAAUUAAACAUUAGAGCUAUUCUGUAAUUGCAAAAAAGGACUUUUCAAAACAGAAGAGGUAGGUGUUCUAUUCCACUGAUUCAAACCUCUUCUCUGCCCUCCUUCCUCCCUCUCUCUCUCUCUCUCUUUCUCUCUCUUCCUCCCUCUCCCACCCCUUCUCUAUCCUUUGUCAUCAAUGGAAAGAAGGUGCAGAGUUUUACUGAAAGCAGGGUAGGGCCAGGCUUCUGUCCCCAUGCCAAAUCCCCAGACAAUGUGGAAAUAUGAACAUGCCACAUCAUGAGUCUGUUGUGGCAGGUAACUGUGCAUCGUACCUGGAAUGCCGCCCUAUUUUUUGUAGUCUACCUCAUGGUGCGAUCAUGGAGUCUGUGCGCAGCGUCAGGGGGGUCCCACAGCUGCCCUGUGGUCUGCUCCUGCAGUAACCAGUUCAGCAAGGUGGUCUGUACACGGCGUGACCUCAUCAGAGUCCCCCCAGGGAUCCCCUCAAACACCCGGUACCUCAACCUGAUGGAGAACAGCAUCGAGCUAAUCCAGGCCGACAGCUUCCGCCACCUGCGCCACCUGGAGGUUCUGCAGCUGGGGAGAAACGCCAUCCGGCAGAUCGAGGUGGGCGCCUUCAGCGGCCUGACCAGCCUGAACACCCUGGAGCUGUUCGACAACCGGCUGACAGUCAUUCCCAGCGGAGCAUUUGAAUACCUUUCCAAACUGAGGGAGCUGUGGCUCAGGAAUAACCCCAUUGAGAGCAUCCCCUCCUACGCUUUCAACAGGGUGCCCUCCCUGAUGCGGCUGGACCUAGGGGAGCUCAGAAAACUGGAGUAUAUUUCUGAUGGCGCCUUUGAGGGAUUGUACAACUUGAAGUACCUUAACCUUGGAAUGUGCAACCUUAGAGAAAUGCCUGUCCUGAGCUCGCUGGCAGGACUGGAGGAGCUGGAGAUUUCUGAGAACCAUUUCCCACAAAUCAAGCCUGCAUCCUUCAGGGGCCUCAAGUCCCUGAAAAAACUCUGGAUUAUGAACUCCCUAGUCAGCCUGAUAGAGCGGAAUGCUUUCGAUGAUGUGACUGCACUGGUCGAACUGAACCUGGCCCAUAACAACCUGAGUUCUCUGCCUCAUGACCUUUUCACCCCCUUGAGGUACCUGGUUGAAUUGCACCUGCACCACAACCCGUGGAAGUGUGACUGCGACGUGGUGUGGCUGUCCUGGUGGCUCCGCGAGAACAUCCCCAGCAACUCCACCUGCUGUGGCCGCUGCCACUCCCCGCCCCAGAUGCGCGGCUGUUACCUGGUGGAGGUGGACCAGAGCACCUUCCAGUGCUCUGCCCCCUUCAUUGUGGACGCCCCCGGGGAUGUGAACAUCUCCGCCGAGCGCCUGGCUGAGCUUCGCUGCCGCACGGCUCCCAUGUCUGCUGUGCGCUGGCUGCUUCCCAAUGGCACGGUUCUGACCCACGGGUCCACUCACCCCCGGAUAUCUGUGCUCAGCGAUGGCACGCUCAACUUCUCCAACGUGCUACCCACUGACACCGGGAUGUACACCUGCAUGGUCACCAACGUGGCAGGCAACUCCAAUGCCUCGGCCUAUCUCAACGUCAGCAGCGCCGAGCUCAACACAUCCAACCUGAACUACUUCACCACUGUCGCCGUGGAUGUGGUGGAGCCCGCACCUGAGGCCAUGCCUAAGCCCAAAGCAGCGACUGCAUCCCCAUCUGUCUUUCAGCCAGUGUUCAUAUCCACACCCACUGUCCUGCUACAGACCACCAAGGCACCCCAGCAGGUGUCUGUGCCCACACCCAGAGGCACAGAGAAGCCCCCCACCAGCUUGGACGAGGUCAUGAAGACCACCAAGAUCAUCAUCGGCUGCUUUGUGGCAGUCACCCUGCUGGCUGCAGUCAUGCUCAUCCUCUUCUACAAACUGCGCAAGCGGCACCAGCAGCAGAACACGGGCUCGGCAGCCAGGACUGUAGAGAUCAUACAGGUGGAGGAGGUGCCCCCACCUGCAUCAGCUGCAAGUAUACCUGGGCAGGGGUCAGUCAUGCUUCCCUCUGUCCGAGAUCACAACAGCACCUACAGAUCCAACUACAGCACCUACAGAUCCAACUACAGCACCUACAAACCAGCACAUGGGGACCAGUGGACAGAGAACAGCGUUGGCAACUCCCUCCAUCGAAGCAGGCCUUGCACCAUCACAACUAUCCCUGAGAUCAUUACAGUAAAAACUCACACCAAGGAGAAGGUACAGGAAACACAGAUUUAA